UUGUUAGUCCAGUCGCCACCCUGAAUUUGCAGCGGUGAGCUCAGAGUUUACGUCUUCACAGCUGCAGCAGGACAGUGUCUUGAGAGUUGCUUGGGAGUUAUCAAAGAGGGGAGACAGAGACAGAAUGAACGGAGAGGACGUAGCCCUGAAUAAAGUGGGGGACGUAGAAUUGCAGGCCUCCAAUAGAAAAGAGCAUCGCGCCAUCAACCUCAAUCACUAUGCCACUAAGAAGAGCGCCGCGCAGAGCAUGCUGGACGUGGCCCUGCUCAUGGCCAAUGCAUCCCAGCUGAAGACCGUCCUCUACGUGGGGUCCCAGUACCGGUUCUACAUACCCCUCAUCGUCCUACUGUCCCUGUCCAUCACGUUGCAGGUCAUAGUGGGACUGCUGCUCGUCUUCAUUGCAGUGAAGUAUGACCUGAACGAUGUGAGGAAGCACGCCAAGCUGAACAGGAUGAACAACGUAGCCACGGUCUUCGUCUUCUUCACAGUCCUCAUCAACAUCUUCAUUACUGCACUUGGAUUCGAGGGACUCACCAUGAGGUCAGCAGCAUCGCCUGUGAUAGGAUUACCAGAUAUUCAAAUACCCUCCGUUCCUAUUGACCUUAAUUCAACUGGUCAAAUUUAGACCGCUGUUUGGACUAAGAUUCACCAACUGGACUAAAACUGGACUAAAACUGGACUAAACUGAAUGGAUUUAAGUGAUCACGUAAGGGCUGCAAAGCAUUCGUGAACCCAGGUGACCUAAAGACAGCCUCAUAAAACCACAACCUCUGCACCAACCCUUACCUCAGCUAAAGCUCCACCAAGUGACCCCUCACAUUUGCAGUGCUGAGACAGUCAGUUACCAGGCUCUAUCUUGUAAAUAUGUUUUAAACCUCUUUUCAGCCCUUAUGUUGAAUUGGUAGAAUUCAACGGACUUAAGAGUUCUGCACAAAUUAUUUAUGUACCGAUUAAUAUGAAAGUGUAUCUUAUUUUUCUGAUAUUAAAACCUUUUCAAUUCUUCUGA